AUGGAACUAAGUGAAAGAACGGUUUUAGGACUAGACUUGGUAGAUGCCACCACAGAGAAGACUGAGGUCAUCAAGCAGAAGUUGCUGACAGCUCAGAGCCGGGUCACGCCGACUACCGGUAUUGGGAGGUCCAUUAAAGCGAGAAAGUUAUCUCCUAGAUUUCUUAGACCCUUUGAAAUUCUGGAGAGAAUUGAAGAAGUAGCCUAUCGAGUUGCUUUGCCACUGCACCUGUCCAACGUGCAUGAUGUGUUUCAUGUGUCCCAACUAAAGAAGUACCACCCUGAUCCGUCUCACAUCUUAGAGGCUGAGGAGGUGAAGCUGGAUGACAAUCUAACUUACCAGGCUGAAUCGGAAAGAAUCCUUGAUGUGAAGGACAAACAGUUGAGGAAUAAGACCAUUCGAUUGGUGAAAGUUUUCUGGAAGGGCAUGAGUCUGGGUGAUGCCACCUGGGAGACAGAGGAAAGGAUGCGAUGCGAUUACCCUUGUUAG